AUGAGGUUCAAGAAACUUCCUCUUGGGAAAAAGGCGGAUUUCACAAGUGUGGAUGCUGGAGAUACGGCUUGGAUGAAGAAGGUGUACAUGUAUGUCGGGCGAGGAAUGCGCAUGACCGGAGAGGUCAAGAAGCUUGCCAAGGCCAUCGCCGUGGUCCAGCGGAAACAAAACCAGCCCGAGGGUGAAGAGGCUUUAGAGGUUAUCGAGAUUGUCAAGUAUAAACUACUAUUCUCGGAUCGCCCAGAACCGAUUGGCAGCCGCGAAUAG